CACCAAACAUGGCGCCACCGUAGCCACUGUGUGCCAGCGCUCCCGCCUCACAGGCCAACGGCUGAGGUGAUGGCCUCUGAAGGAAGGUACACCGGAUAGGCGGGUGUGCGGCAGCUAAAUGGAACAUUCACGGGGCUCGUCAGCCCUGCGACGGAGACCAACACGAUCCCCCAGCAGCUUCCUCCUCCUCCUCUUCCUCCUCUGAGGCUCCUGGGCCUAUGUUGCGCCUCAAGCUGGCCCGCAAGGACGACUGACAAAGGCUGCGGACCAACGAAGAGCUCCAGGACCCAGCAUCAAAGGCGGCCAAGUCACUCACAGAUUUCCGGGGACCAGAAAUUCAUCAAAAUUACUAUUCAAGUGUUCCCAACAGUUCCUGGCUCCAGUGGUUUCUGCUUCAAGAGUCACCCCCAGUCCAGUAUCCCUGCCUUUGCACUGCUUUCUCUGACUCCUCACAGGUCAGCACCACCUUCCUUUCAUCCCACCCCAGCCCAAGGGUCACCCAGAGGAGGGAAAGACAGAAGACUGACAGCAAGUGAUGAAUGUUAAUGGCGUUAUGUGCCAACCACUCUUCUAAGCAUGAUGUAUAUAUUUGCUUAGAUAUAUGCACCAAGAAAAGGUAUGAUCUAGAAAAUGUGUUACCUCGGAGCACGGGAACAAGGUCAUGAAAACAAGGUCUUGGUGAGAUGCCACCAUUUCAUCCGUCCUCGGUCUCUGCGCCUUUUGCAGAGCUUCCAGCAGCGCUAUGUUGGGUCAGAGCAUCUGGAGGUUCACAACCUCUGUGGUCCGUAGGAGCCAUUAUGAGGAGGGCCCUGGGAAGAAUUCGCCAUUUUCAGUGGAAAACAAGUGGGCGUUACUAGUUAAGAUGUGUUCGUACUUUGCAUCUGCAUUUGCUUCACCCUUCCUUAUAGUAAGACACCAACUGCUUAAAUCAUAAGGAUGUUUCAGUUCAUCCAUUUAACAGAUAUGAAGAGCAUUUUAAGAGAUACAGCCUCUGGAAAUGGAUCAAACUCUAACUCAUAUGGCAUAUUAGAUAUGUUUGUUAAUAAACUUAUGACAUGAA